AGGGGGACUCCAACCCGCACGCCCCGCGCCCCCGACCCCCUCCCCGCCCGGAGUGAAGGGCCGCGCCGGCCUCGGGGCGGGAAGAAGGGCUGCUUGGCUCCCUCCAAGGCCUACAGGCCGCCCAGAGGCCGAGGGCCCCGUCUCGCUCCGUCCGGGAGCCAUGUUUGUCUGGUCACGUGGCUCCGCUGGGCCAAUGGGAGGGCGGCCGUGACGCUGUGGCCCCGCCCCUUUCACUCGGCGCCCUCCGCCAGCCAGGAAAGGCAGAAGCCGCGCGGGCGCCUAACGAAGGGUCUGGCAGUGUCGCAGUCUCCUCAGCUCCAGGCGCCGGGAGAGAGGGGCGGAAGCAGAGCCAGGGACGGGGAAGGAGCCGGGCCGGAAGAAGCCGCCUGGGAGGCCCUGAAGGAGGAGGAAAGGGGCCCGCCGCGCAGCCCUGGGGAGCCAAGGCUUGGGAGGCAGGCGGGCGGGUGGGUGGGGGGCGCGUGCCUCUGCCCCCAGCGAGGGCCUGGCAGCCUCGUUGCUGAGGGAGCCCGAGAGCGACUAGCCUUGGUCUGCGCCUGCGCGCCUGCUGCCUGGCUGAUCUCACCGGAAGGGCGGGGGCUUCGGCGGAAGCGGAAGGGCCGGCGGAGAGGGGGAGGGGCCUGGGGGCAGGCGCUGCUGUCGACGGAAUGGCCUUCAGCAACUACAGCUGCCUCCAGCGCGCCCAGCUGACCUUCGAGUACCUCCACACCAACUCAACCACACACGAAUUCCUCUUUGGUGCUCUUGCGGAGCUUGUAGAUAAUGCCAGAGAUGCUGAUGCCACAAGAAUAGACAUAUUUACUGAGCGUCGAGAAGACCUGCGAGGUGGGUUCAUGCUGUGUUUUUUGGAUGAUGGAGCAGGAAUGGACCCAAAUGAUGCUGCAAGCGUGAUUCAGUUUGGAAAAUCUGCUAAACGGUCACCAGAAUCAACUCAGAUUGGACAAUAUGGGAAUGGCUUGAAAUCGGGUUCCAUGCGGAUUGGCAAGGAUUUUAUCCUCUUCACAAAGAAGGAUAACACUAUGACUUGCCUUUUCUUGUCCCGCACAUUUCAUGAAGAAGAAGGCAUUGAUGAGGUAAUUGUUCCACUGCCCACCUGGCAUUCCUAUACAAGGGAGCCCUUAACGGACAACGCGGAGAAAUUUGCCAUUGAGACUGAACUGAUUUACAAGUACUCACCCUUCAAAUCAGAGCAGGAAGUGAUGGAGCAGUUUAAUAAGAUUUCUGGCGAUAAAGGCACCUUGGUGAUUAUCUUCAACCUCAAACUGAUGGAUAAUGGUGAACCUGAGCUGGACGUGAUCUCCGAUCCCCGAGAUAUCCAAAUGGCAGAAACACCACCAGAAGGAACGAAACCAGAGCGCCGUUCCUUCCGCGCAUAUGCCGCUGUGCUCUACAUUGAUCCCCGAAUGAGAAUCUUCAUCCAUGGACACAAAGUACAAACCAAGCGCCUUUCCUGCUGCUUGUAUAAGCCUAGGAUGUACAAGUAUAGUUCCAAUCGGUUCAAGACUCGAGCAGAGCAAGAAGUGAAGAAAGCAGAGCAUAUGGCUCGGAUUGCGGAAGAAAAGGCUCGAGAAGCUGAGAGCAAAGCCCGGGCUUUGGAAUUGCGCCUUGGAGGAGACCUGGCAAGGGAGUCCAGGGUCAUGCUACGCCAAGCCCAGGAUAUGGCAAUAACUAUGCGCAGAGAGGCUGAUGUUAAAAAAAGGAUCAGGGAGGCAAAGCAGAGAGCAUUGAAGGAGCCAAAAGAGCUGAACUUCGUCUUUGGUGUAAACAUAGAGCAACGGCAUUUGGAUGGGAUGUUUAUUUAUAACUGCAGCCGACUGAUUAAGAUGUAUGAGAAGGUGGGCCCUCAGCUGGAGGGUGGCAUGGCGUGUGGUGGAGUGGUAGGAGUGGUAGAUGUUCCCUACCUGGUUCUGGAGCCUACCCACAACAAGCAGGACUUUGCAGAUGCCAAAGAAUAUCGCCACUUGCUAAGGGCAAUGGGAGAACAUUUGGCUCAGUACUGGAAGGAUGUUGAAAUUGCUCAGAAAGGUAUAAGCAAAUUCUGGGAUGACUUCGGAUAUUUAUCUGCUAGUUGGAAUCAGCCGCCAUCAAAUGAAUUGCGUUACAAACGGCGAAGAUCCAUGGAGAUCCCCACUACCAUUCAGUGUGAUGUGUGUCUGAAAUGGCGGACCCUCCCCUUCCAGCUUAGCUCUGUAGAACAAGAAUACCCAGACACCUGGGUGUGUUCCAUGAAUCCUGACCCCAAACAGGACAAGUGUGAAGCUCCUGAACAGAAGCAGAAGGUUCCUCUGAGCCUCCUGAGGAAGACAAAGUCACAGGAAAACAAGCAGAAGGAACUAACGGAUAAAAUUCGCCAGCAGCAAGAAAAGCUGGAGGCACUACAGAAAACUACUCCAAUACGUUCUCAAGCUGACCUCAAGAAGCUGCCCCUGGAAGUCACCACGCGACCUACACUAGAUAAUUCAGAUAGGCCCCAGCGGCCACGGUCUCCCCCUCUGCCAGAGGUAAUUAAAAAUGCUCCUAGUAGGCCCCCAGCCCCACCUCCUCUUCCCAAGCCUGUCAACCAACAGAGGAGAGGCCCUCCACCUCGACCAGCCAUCAGCAGUCCCAAACCACAGGGCUUGUUGCCCAGAGAAGAGUCCAGCCUUUCCAGGAUACAGCUCCAGGUGGAGGCCUCUGGGAGGUCCACUCCCGGCCUUGGAAGGCCUACAUCCAGACCUGCUGCAGGUGGGAGGACACCCCCAGCCCCUGUGCUGCUUCAGAACAUCAAGAGCCAUCAUAGAGCUCCCAGCCCCAAACUCCUGUCACCAAAGAAAUCACCUAUCAUCAAGCAGCAGCAGGUUCUUAAUUCCCGAAAGAGAAGCAUUAGCACAGUAGAGGAUGAAUUGGAGGAAGAGCUUGGGUCAAGAAAAGAAAAAAGAAAACAGGGCAGACAUGUGACAGUAAAGGAAGAGAAGAAGGACUCCAAUGAGGUGGUGGUGGAACUCACAGACAGUUCAGGGGAAGAGGAAUUAGCAGAAGUGAAAAGAGCACAGAAAGAUAAAGGACAACAUGUGGAAGUACGAGUGAACAAGGAAUGGUACACUGGCCGAAUUACAGCUGUUGAGGUGGGCAAGCAGACUGUCCGCUGGAAAGUGAAGUUUGAUUAUGUCCCGACAGAUGUGACUCCAAGAGAUCGCUGCAUCUCACUGACUCUGACAAUGUCCAUGCAUCAUGGGAAGAUAACGUGGGCAUGUCGGGGAACUCCUGGUCCCUUCCUUCUAUCCAGGGCAUGAAAGAGGAGUAUCAGGCUCCAGCCAGGAGGACAGAGCCACACUCUCGGAAAACCAAGAAUCUUCCAUCUACACAGCUGGCAAGACCAAGAAGCCUCCCACCCCACAUCUUCCAACCUCUACGGGACAUUGGGGACUGGGGGAGCAAUCACCUGCCAAGGGAGUGAGUACUUAAGGGACCCUGGAUUUACCCCCUCCACCUACUAUAGAUGGGCAGUCACUCCGCCUGGAGUUUGCCCAUUGGUUUAGAAAGUUGAUGGCAACUGAGAGGCCCCCAGUCAGGAUGCAAGAGGACAGGAGAUCCCACCAGAUAGGGGAAGAUGUCAGUAUCAGCUGAAGCCUAGCCGUUAUCACCUAGGACGGUUCCUUCAACAGCUGUCCAGGCCACCCAAGGGCCAGAGAGGACUCAUCCUCACCCCCCUCCUCUCAUGCUUUGAAGCCAUGUCCACCAUACCACUGGUGAAACAGGGAAAGUUUCAGCCAGGAGCAACAUCUCACAGCUGCCAUCAUGGUUGAGCUGUGAGGGAGGGUAAAAAUAGCACAAACCCUACCAUUUUAGGAUCCAAAAGGCCUGCUUGAAAGUUGCUCAUCACAGCCCUGCUUCCCUGCUGCCAAGAACAGAGCACCAGCCAAAACCCACUUUUGGAUGCUAAAUUCCUGCCAGAUCAGUUUCCAUCCCCUCCCCAUUUAUAUUUUUGUGGGAAGGAGAGACCCUACGCUGCCAGGGAAGAGGGCCAACUGUUGGAAGAGGAAGGGACUAUAUUGACUCAGGAUAAUGCCUCUAUCAGGCUUUUCAGACCAGAGGAUCUCCCAACAUUGCUGAGCAAUGCUAUCAAGGUUUUAGUGCUUAGCUCUCUGGAUCAGCCUAGGAAACCUGCAUAUCCCAAAUUGGUAAAGGUUAUCUGAGGAGGUCUUUUAAAAGGUGUCACCUCCUUCAUCUGCAGUCCCCUUUCCCAGCAAUUUUAUGGAUAUUCUCAAGGAGCAUUGAGAUAAGAUUGUAGCCUCUUGCCCAGUAAGUCUGAAAUCAAAAAAUUCUACUCAGUUCUAAAGUGACCUGCCUCCAGGUGCCCAUGGUAGAUGUUCUAGUCUCUGUAGCAAGGAUGGAGAGGACACACUUGAAAGCAUGGGAAGUCCAGAAUCUGCUCUAAAAGAAGGCCUGGGGGCAUUGUCUCUGGUGAUUGUGCUCAGCAGCUGCCUCCAGUAUGACAAGGGCCUUCUUCCUCUAAAACAAAGAAAUAAUUGCUGAAUUCCUCAGGAAAAUAUAAAAGCCAAGGCGCAUCAACUUACUGCUUAAGGUGGCGCCUUCAUGGCAAAUGCCAACCUGGAAGCUGGACUUCAUUCUGUUCUCUGCUAGGGACCUGGCUACUUGGUCCUAGUGCACAGGCCAAUUUGGUUUAGAUAUUAACAGGUAGAUUCAAGGGCAAAGCAUAAUUUGAAGGUGCAAGACUUUUUGGUGACUCAGUGGACCCCCAUCUUUAUGGAAGCCAGGGACAAAAAGAAAGCAAUAGCUUCUGUACAAAAAAAGAGUAUAGGAAGAAGGCUCAGAAUGGGAAGUCUUCUUACAACUACUUUUGUUCUUCAUACAAAUCCAGAAAUUAUAGGAGGUCCCUCUCUCACUGGAAUGACAAGCUUUACUAACCCAGGCAGUGUCAAAACCAAGGUUUUAGCAGAUCCAAUUCCCAUGGGACCAAUGCAUCCAGAAACAAACAGCAACAAGUCUGAUACCUAGGACCUACAUAUGGGAGGGAUACUGCAAAUUUAUUGCAAGAUUUAAUCUCAAUCCACUGCGGAUCAGUGGGUCCUAAGGACAAUACAAUACGGUUAUCUAAUGGACUUCAUAGGAAUUCCUCACACAGACUGGAGAAACACUCCCUGAUUCAACAGGCCAUCUCUCAUCUUCUUGACAUUGGGGCAGCCAUACCAGUGUCAUCCUCACAAAUCUUUUUGGGUACUGUUCAAUAUUCUUCAUAGUACCCAAGAAAACAGCCAGUGGAAGGCAAUCUUAGCUCCAAAAAGACUGAAUUGAUAUGUUAGGAAAGUUUUAAAUGAAGAUGUUCAGGAUGCUUUUGUAGGUCUUGAUCCCGGGACACUUUCUGGUUUCACUGGACCUUAUGGAGGAUUAGUUCUGUGCACUGAUUCAUCCCCAUCACCUUCAGUACCUGUGCUUUGCGUACCAGUGCCAUCAUUUUCAGUACAAAAUAAUGUUGACUCUGGUACCACAUGUUCAUAAAUAGCAGGUACAUAGUAAUCCUUACCGGAUGACCUGCUAAUUUUUUCCACUUCUUGGGAAGAGGGAUCCAGGACCUUUAACUAACUCGACUGUCUGUCUAGUCAUGGUUUCUUAGCCGACAAGGAGAAGAGUCUCUUCCAUCCCUCCACCACAGUUCAACAUCUGGGUCUGGUUAUAAGCACCCUCCAUGGCAUAGUCUCCCUCCCUGGAGAGAAUAUCAGGUUGGUGGUCCACACCACACAGAUAAUGUUAAUGUUCUUAGCAUGCGUCCAAGGCUUAAUGAUAUCCAUCCUAGACUGCAUGUCGUGGGCAGAUUUCAUUCCCAGAAACUUCAGUGGAUCCUUCUGCUGCACCAGAAGGAUACUGCAUACCAACAUCAUAUAAAAAUUCAAGUUCCCUGGAAGUCCACUGUUCCUUAGGAUGCUGGGCCCCAAAUCACAACUGAUACCAGCCUCAGGGAAAGGGGGACCUACUGCAACAUCCAGCUGGCACAGGGAAAGUGGAAUAUAGAAGGAAGACUUCACAGUAUCAGCUGACAGGAACUGGGGGCAGUCAGGUUGGUGCUGAAGGCACUCUUGCAGAAUUCGUGGCCAGUUGGUCUUAAUGAGGAUAGCCAAUCUGACCACAAAGGCCCACGUGAACAGGAAGGGGGGACAUACCUCUGGUUGCUGGUGAUCGAAGCAACCUUAUUACUAACCUAGGUGGAAGCCAAUCAGUUCUUCUUAGAAGCAGACCAUGUUCAAGGAAUUCUGAAUAUGAAGAGGACUGGCUGA